CCCUUGACACCAACCACCUCCGACCAGCCUAGCGUCCAUCCAACAUCCAUACAGCUUGUCAAUUCUACGUCCAGCAUACCCAUCAUGUCACGUCCGCAGUACGAAAGAAUGGCUUCGACCAACCUGGCUGGCGGUGGCGGGUACCGCCAACUCGAGGGCAAAGUCGCCAUUGUCACCGGCGCCUCGCGGGGCAUCGGCGCUGCCAUCUGCGCCAAUCUUGCCAGCAAAGGCAGCUCCUUGGUCAUGAACUACACAUCCGACUCGUCCGAAGAGCCCACCAAGAAGCUAGCCUCGCAGCUCGAGGCGGACCACUCCGUCCGCGCCAUCGUCGUCCAAGCAGACAUGGGCACCGUAAACGGACCGCAGCACAUUGUCGACGUGGCCAAGAACCACCUCAGCCAUCCCAAGACGGGCCGGUUCCAGAUAGACAUUGUCAUCAACAACGCCGGCAUCAGCGGCAACCAAACCAUCGCCGAGACGGACCCGGCACACUUUGAGAAGCUGUUCAAUGUCAAUGUGCGUGGCCCACUGCUGCUGAUGAAGGCCGUGGAGGAGUUCUUGCCGCACGACCGCAGUGGCCGCGUCGUCAACCUCAGCAGCGUCAGCAGCAGCCUGGGCUUUGCGGGACAGAGCAUCUACGGCGCGACCAAGGCGGCGCUGGAGGCCAUGACGCGGACGUGGGCGCGGGAGCUGAGCGAGCGCGCGACCGUCAACGCUAUCAACCCCGGCCCGGUUGCCACGGACAUGUAUGCGAGCAACGGCGAGGACUUCUUCACCAUGAUCAAUCCGUGGUUGAAGAACACGCCGCUGGCGGCCGCGAGAGAAGGCGUGGAUAGGGAUGAGUUUGUCCAGGCGGCGCCCAAGGCGGGUGGCAGGCCGGCUUAUGAGGAUGAGAUUGCUGGCGUGGUGGGCAUGCUUGUCAGUCCUGAGGCUAGCUGGAGCACUGGCAGCAUCGUGUGCGCGAAUGGCGGCAUGAGGUUCAGCCCUUAGGCAUUUGCGUCCAGUUAAAUGAGCAUUCUGGCGAUGAUGAGAGAUUAAUUGCAGGGUUGCCUAGAAUAGAGCCCAGGUUAUUGAUCAUACUUACUUUCGGUACAUAAGAAGCAACGGCAGUAGAUCUUACAGCGGCAC